AUGUUCACCAAGUACAUUGUCCCGGCUGCCUUGUGCGCCACCAACCUUGUCGAGGCCUCGAGCCGUCACCGACACAUGCACAAGAGGGACUACAUCGCUACUGAGGUCGAGAUCGUCACCGACUACGUGACCGUCACUGUCUACGAGGGCGAGGAGGGCGCAGCCACCGCCGCUGCCGCCGAUAAGUCCUUCUACGCGGCUAGCCGCCCCUCCACCACCAGCAUCGUCGUCCCGGAGGCAUCGACUUCGGCAUCCGUUGUUGUUGCUCCUUCGGUCGUUGCCGAGCCUGCGGCAUCCAGCCCGACUACCCUGGCCACCUCGGUCGUCGUGGCCCCUUCGUCGGUCCAGACUGAGGCUGCUGCCGUCCCCACCACUUACGCACCCAACCCCGUCACUACCACUGAAGCUGCUACCUCAUCCACGAGCACCGCAGCUGCCACCACCUCGGUCUCCAGCGGCGGCAGCGGCAGCACCUCUGGCAAGCGUGGUCUCGCUUACAACAGUGCCAGCCUCGUUUCUAGCAUUCUGUCCGUGGGCAGCAGCAAGUUCGACUGGUGCUACGACUGGGGCUUCAACAGCGGUGGUCUCACUGCUGACAUCACCUACAUUCCCAUGCUCUGGGGACCCACACACUACACUUCGGCUUGGGACACUGCCGCAGAGAAGGCCAUCUCCGACAAUGUUGGCGCUCUGUUCAGCUUCAACGAGUGUGACAACGCUGGUCAGGCCAACCUGGCCGCUACCGAUGCUGCCAACUACCACCAGCAGUACCUCAACCCUUACAAGGGACGUAUCUCCAUUGGCGCUCCUUCCAUCACCAGCAGUGCUUCCGCCGGCCAGGGUCUUGACUGGCUUUCGGCCUUCAUGACUGCUUGCAGCGGAAACUGCGCGGUUGACUUCAUCAACUUGCACUGGUAUGGACCUGGAGGCCAGGAGGGCGCCACCGAGUUCCUCGCCUUCCUGGACAAGGCCCACGAGCAGUUCUCCCUGCCCGUCUGGGUAACCGAGUUCGCUGCUACCUCUGGCGACGAGACUGAGUUCAUGACUUAUGCUCUCGAGCAGCUCGAUACCAACUCGGCCUACAACUACGUUCAGAAGUACUCGUACUUCUACACCGACACUCUGUUCAGCGGCACCACCCUGACCUCUCUGGGCCAGACCUACGCCACUGCCUAA